AUGCAGGAGCGGGAAAACACAUUUGAUAGAAAUGCUUCUUUAAAGCGUCAACGAGACUUAGACGGCUCUCAAAUGCCACCUAAAAAAUUUGCUCCGAGCUUCACAUCAGACUAUUUAAUGCUCCCUAAGGACAAAAGAAAAAUAUAUUUGGUGAUGUAGAGGGAAGAUGGACUCCGAAGCACACUGCCUAUGAAGCAGGUGUAGGACCUGUCCUGAUGAAGCUGAAAAUAGUGCCUCUUUUUGAAGUAGCCUUCGGGUUUGGGGGUGCGUGCCAAAUUGGGAAGGUUGGUUUCUCCCUGUAGGUUUCCCUGCCCCUGCCAGAUGGGCUAGAAUAGUUUUGACUCCCACUUAGCCUUUGCUUAUCGGGGCUAAAGGGGCAUCCGCAAGAGGUGGCUCUAACCUAGGGAGCUAAUCUUUAGGCUAGGAGGGUUUACACCAGAUAGGCAAGCAAGUGGACUUCCGCUUAUGGCCUUAUAAUUUUAACUUUAACUUUAAGGACAAAAGUUCAGAAGAGUUCCAUACAUUUCUGUCGCAAUCUGGAAAUGUUAAAGCUUUUUGGUACUUCCCAAAUAUAAAAAAUCUAAUUCGGAGCCAGAAAGAGCCUAAGUUUUCUGAGUGGUUCUCUACAGGAAAUGGAAUAAGGUGGCGUGUGCUAAUUUUUUUUAAUCGGAAUGCUUGUGUUUCGUGCUUUGUUGAGAUGGACUUUGAGCCGAAUAUGUGGACUUUGACGCGAUCAGCGUAUGUAUGAAUGGAAGCCCACAUGUCUAACGGCAUUAAAACUGAAAAGAAAGUGAGUUUGAAUUUUCAUAAAACUUUUACUUUCUCGAAGAGAGAUUGGGGCUAUGAUGAUUUUAUAGAGCAUGAUAAGUUUAUGAGCUAUCUAAGCCAUCCUAUAAUUUUUGAAAUCACAGUUAACCCUGUUUCUCCUCAUGAUGAUUCUAACUCUCCCCCUCCGUGAGCGAACAAAAACAUUUUGUUCGCUCACGGAGAGAUAAAAAAAUUUAUUAUAGCGUUUAUAGUAAACAUUUUUUUUCGAAAUUUAAAAAAAGCCCAAUUUGCAAAAAUUGGAAGGCAAGUAUUUAUUUAAUUUGUAAAAUUUAUGUUUCAAUUGGAAUUUACUAAAGUUAAAAAAGAAUUAGCUAGAGAUUUCAUUAUAUUAAUUAUCGCUUAUAUAUCAAAAUAUUUUUUUUAUAAAAUAUGACUAUAUCAAAAAAAUAUUUUGUACUCUCAAAAUAUAGGAUUUUCGAUCACGAGGGGGAGUAAAGAGUUAACAGGCUAUGUCGGGCUAAUUAAUGAAGGGACAACAUGCUAUAUGAAUAGUCUGCUUCAGACUUUAUUUUUCUUAUCGCCAUUCAGAAGAGCUGUAUAUUCAAUGAAAACAGGGGAAGAAGACCAGGACCAAAUACCAUUAGCACUCCAGCAGGUUUUCUACAGUCUCCAGUUUUAUUCAGAGGCAGCAUCCACAAAAGACUUAAUUGCCAGCUUUGGCUGGGGAUUAGACGAGAGAAACACGCAGCAUGAUGUGCAAGAAUUUAAUUGUGUGCUGAGCGAUACAUUAGAACGAAAAAUGAAAGGAACUCCAGCUGAAGGGACUUAUUCAAGACUUUUUGAGGGGAAGAUGAUAAAUUACAUUGCUUGCACAAAUGUUGAUUUUAAGUCUGAAAGAAUCGAAACUUUCACAGAUAUUCAGCUAAACGUAAAAGGCUGCAAAGAUAUUUAUGAAAGUUUCGAAAAAUAUGUAGAAAUCGAGGAUUUAACAGGGGAUAAUCAAUAUGAGGCAGAGAACCUCGGCAAACAAGAUGCCCGAAAGGGCGUGAUUUUUGAUCAUUUUCCUCCAGUUUUGCUCAUCCAACUAAAAAGAUUUGACUAUAAUUCAUUCAUGGAUAACACAAUGAAAAUUAAUGACAGAUACGAGUUUUUCGAAGAAAUUGACCUUGAUAAAUAUGUAAGUCUAAAAUCCCGAGGCAACAAUAAAUAUCGGUUAUUUUCAAUUCUCGUUCAUUCUGGAAAUCUCGCUGCUGGACAUUAUUAUUCAUAUAUUUCUCCAAAGCUUAAUCAAAAUUGAUAUAAAUUCAAUGAUGAUUCUGUAGAUUUCGCAUUGCCUACCCAAGCGAUUGAAGCAAACUUUGGCGGAGAAAUCCCUACUGCAGAAGUAACAGAAAAAGGAGAAAUCAGGCAGCUUGCGAAUAAAAAUGAGUCAAGUGCUUAUAUGCUUGUUUAUAUUAAUGAAAAUCUAAAAGACGAAGUUUUGAGAGAAGUGAACAGGGAAGAUAUUCCUGAACCACUUCAUGAAAUAAUUCACAGAAAAACUGAAGCAAAAAGACUGGCUGAAGAGCAAAAAAAAUUAAAAAAUGCAAAAUUCGACAUUUUUGUCGUCACUUUCGAAAUGAUUUUUGGGUGGGAUAAGCCUGGCAUAUCUCCAUCAAGUUCAUUUUUGCAUGGCGAAACUAUAUUUGCAACUGAGAAAAGCAGAAGGUAUAGGCUUAGCAUUGAUAAAAAGGACAAUGGAAAAGCUCUAAAAGAUUUUUUGCAAAAAUAUACUGAGAAACAAAUUAGAUUGUGGGUAUUCGCACCAGGAUAUAAAAAUUGGGAGUUUAAAGAGUUAAAACCAGACGAUAUCGUAGAAAAAGAAUUAGGUUCAACUGGAGAAAAAGCCAUAUAUAUUCAAGCCGAAGACAAUGCUCCUCUAUUUGUGCAAAGUGAAGAAAUGGAUACUGAAGAUAGCCAAGUCUGAAAAUUCGCCAGAGAAAUUGAAGAUACAGGCUAUCAAACAGCAGAUUCAGAAGGGACCGAGAUUAUGGAAGAUACACUCUAUGUCAACGCUUCUAACAACGAAAAAGUAACAGUUUUCUAUAAGUGGUACUCCUAUGAGAAUGGAAUCCCUACACUACAGUUAAUUGACUGUGUCGUUUUGAGAAACUCUUGCACAUUAGCUGACAUUCGGGCAUCUCUUUAUACCAAAAUUUAUGGAUCAGACCCAGAACAGUUAAAAAACAUGUAUUUGCAUCAGGAAAGAUGCAAAACCCAAGAACCAAAAAAUAAAGAAUUUAUAAUGGCAAUCCACAGCUUCGAGCCAGAAAAAAACUUUGAAAUUCCUAUAGGCAAAAAAGCGUCUUUUGGUGUGAAAUUUGUGACAAUUGACAAUGGGGAUGCUUGGAUCGGGGAAAUGGUCCCAAACCCUUUGCCUCCAAAUUAUAUUGAUGCGAAACGGUUUAUUUCUGAGAUGUGCAAUGAAAUAUAGAAAUUUCCCAUAGAUGGCGCUGUUUGCCCUUGAUUUUGCCCAUGAGAAAAAUUUUUUGGUUUGACCAAACCAUAUGGGACUGGUCGAACCAAAAAAUUUCCCCAGUGGGCAAAUUAAGGGCAAACAGCGCCAUUUAUGGGAAAUUUCUAUAUAUGUUAUUGCAAAAUAUAACGAUAAAUAUGAAAAGUAUGGAUACAAGAGCUACUCUAGGCAACUGAUGGAACAUAUUGAAUAUAGCAAUGAAUUUCCUCUGAAAACCAAGUUUUCUUAUUUUCAAAAAGAUUUGAUGCAACAAUUAGCAGACAUUUUUCGACCUCUUGAGCCAUCAAUAACUCCAGCCAACAUCCAAAUUUAUACGAAAAAGUCACAUAUGAGGUUUCCUCAACAACUGCCCUAUCCUUACAGCGAAGAAGAAAAUCCUCUGAGAUUCAAAAAAUCAAGCACCAAUCCAUCAUUGGCUUCAAUUAUAGAAAAUUCUAAUAUUUUGUACUUUGAUAUCAUGCCAUUCCCGAUCCCACAGCUGGAGCAUAAAAUAAUUGUUUACUGCUAUUACCUGACUCAGAACUACGAAAUGAAUUAUGAAUUUUUAAGAACUCUCCCUGAAACAGCUACUGUAAAAGACUUUGAUCAGGAAAUCAAAAACGAAGUGAUGAGCGUCAUGAACACUGAUAAAACGAUAGACCUAGGGAGUUUAGAAGAGGUGAAGUAUCUGCUUUUAACUCACCCGCAAAAAGCAAUCCUUCAAGAGCUUGAGUAUUCUAGCAAUUUGUCAGUACACUCUAAAAAUUCAAACGUCAUGAUUUGUAUUCGAGCAGUUUUAAAUAAAGAAAGUGAGCUCCGUCAAAACCCUGAUUACAAGAAAAUUAAUGUUUUUACAUAUGUCAAGGGUACUGAAAUUUAUUGUAACCCUCUUGCGGUGUAUAUAAAAAAAUCUUGGACUUGUAAAGAAGUGAUACAUUUUCUGCUUGAUAAUAGAGAGCCGAAGUCAAGGGUGAUGAUAACGAAUUAUUAUAAUUAUGGAGAAUCCCAUGAAUAUAAGCCUCAAAGACCUUUAGAAGACUCUGAGGAAUGCUUUUGUCCUAAGUAUGAGGAUAAAACUCUUGCGAUAGAGCUUCCGAAUCCAGAGGUGAAGAAAAGUGAAUUAAGGUUUAAAACUAAUGAGACUUUAAGUUAA